CUGCCGGUGCUGCACUGUCAAACACAAAUCCACACUCUGAGAGCUGAGAUGUGACUGUUCACUGGAGGAAUACAACGUGUUUCUGUGGGAUUUUCUUUCUUUCUGUCAGCCGGAAAAUGGGAGAGGACAGACGGGGAGACAUGUGGACCAUGCCGGCCACUGUAGCUGCGGUGCUCGUGUUUGUGAUUACUUCAGUCUGCGCGGUAGAAGAGACAGUGAUGGAUACAAGGACAGCGACAGCUGAGCUCGGCUGGAUAUCGUUCCCUGCCAAUGGGUGGGAGGAGGUGAGCGGCUAUGAUGAGAACCUCAACACCAUUAGGACGUACCAGGUGUGCAACGUCUUUGAGCCCAGCCAGAACAACUGGCUCCUCACCACCUACAUCGACAGGAGGGCUGCACAACGCAUCUACGUGGAGAUCAGAUUCACUGUACGAGACUGUGCCUCCAUCCCCAGCGUCCUGGGCUCCUGCAAAGAGACAUUCAACCUGUAUUACCUGGAGACAGAAAGGACUGUGUCAGAGAGCAUUAAAGGGGUGGAGUACUGGGCCAAUGCACCUUUUCUUAAGGUGGAUACCAUAGCAGCAGAUGAGAGUUUCUCCCAGGUUGAUUUCGGAGGGAGGCUAAUGAAGGUGAACACAGAAGUUCGGAGUUUCGGGCCGCUGUCUAAAGGCAGAGGAUUUCACUUGGCUUUCCAGGAUCUGGGCGCCUGCAUGUCCCUCCUAGCUGUUCGAGUAUUCUACAAAAAAUGCCCCAGUGUGGUGCAGAACUUUGCUUUCUUUCCAGAGACACUGACUGGAGCAGAGUCCACAUCAUUGGUCAUCGCCAGAGGAAGUUGCAUCCCAAAUGCAGAGGAAGUGGACGUACCCAUAAAGCUUUACUGCAACGGCGACGGAGAGUGGAUGGUCCCCAUUGGAAGCUGCAGCUGCAAGGCGGGUUAUGAACCAGACAACGGCAACGUUUGUCGAGCUUGCCCUCAGGGCACCUUUAAGUCCUCCCAGGGGGCCGGAUUAUGUCAGCAGUGUCCACCCAACAGUCGCUCCACCAUCGAGGCCGCCACCCUCUGCGGAUGUCGGAACGGCUAUUACCGAGGAGACAUGGACAAACCGGAGGACUUGUGCACCAGUGUCCCUUCAGCUCCCCGUAACGUGGUCUCCGUCGUCAACCAGACAUCUGUGCUGCUGGAGUGGCACUCACCCCGUGACACGGGUCACCGUGAAGACCUGACUUAUAACGUCUUGUGUCGGAGGUGCCACAGCAGCGAGCGGCGGGCCUGUCAGCCAUGCGACGACAGCGUGGUGUUUGUUCCCGGCAAGCGGGGGCUAAAGGACACAAGGGUGGAGAUCAGCAAGCUGCGGGCUCACACUUCGUACACCUUUGAGAUCCAGGCAGUCAACGGAGUCUCCAACAAGAGCCCUUAUCCCGCCCAGCAACUGUCAAUCAACAUAACAACCAAUCAGGCUGCUCCCUCAGCAGUUCCCAUAAUGCACCAAGUGAGCUCAACAAGCCGCAGUUUCUCGCUGUCAUGGCCACCGCCUGAACAGCCCAACGGAAUUAUCCUCGACUACGAGAUACGAUACUAUGACAAGUCCCAGUCCUCGGUGCUGAACAGCUCAGUGGUCCAAAGCGAAACACCCAAUGUUGUUCUGGAGGGUCUAAAGCCAGGGACCGGCUAUGUGGUCCAGGUGAGGGCCCGCACGGUGGCUGGCUUCGGAGCCUACAGCAAGGACAUGCUCUUCCAAACACUCACUGACGAUGAGUACAAGUCAGAGCUGGGACAGCAGCUCUCCCUGAUUGCAGGAUCUCUAGUGGGUGGAGUGUGCAUCGUGUCCCUGGUAGCUAUCGCCAUCAUCUGCUCCAGGAGGAGGCAGCUGAAGGAGAGUGUGUAUGGUGACAAGCUGCAGCAGUACAACACAGGAGGAGAGGUGGCUCUCAGGCCGGACAUGUUCAGUGGGCCGACCCCCACUGUGACCUUUCCCACCCUGUCAGAGAGUCAUAAUUCACCAGGGGUCAAGAUUUACAUCGACCCGUUCACCUAUGAGGACCCCAACGAGGCUGUGAGGGAGUUUGCCAAGGAAAUUGACCCCUCCUGUGUCAAAAUAGAAGAAGUCAUUGGAUCAGGUGAGUUUGGGGAGGUGUACAAAGGUCGCCUGAAGCCUGUCGGCAAGAAAGAAAUACCUGUGGCUAUAAAGACUCUGAAGGUUGGCUACUCAGAGAGGCAGAGGAGGGACUUCCUGUCAGAGGCGUCAAUCAUGGGCCAGUUUGACCAACCAAACAUCAUCAGACUGGAGGGCGUGGUCACCAAGAGCCGGCCAACCAUGAUCAUCACAGAGUUCAUGGAGAACGGAGCGCUCGACUCGUUCCUCAGGCAGAAUGACGGGCAGUUUCCUGUGAUCCAGCUGGUUGGUAUGCUGAGGGGCAUCGCAUCUGGAAUGAGGUACUUGGCUGAGAUGAGUUAUGUUCACCGGGACCUGGCUGCUCGGAACAUCUUGGUGAACAGUAAUUUGGUGUGUAAGGUGUCUGACUUUGGAUUAUCACGGUACCUGGAGGAGGAUACGUCUGACCCCACAUAUACAAGCUCACUGGGUGGUAAAAUCCCCGUGAGGUGGACGGCUCCGGAGGCAAUCGCCUACAGGAAGUUCACGUCAGCUUCAGAUGUCUGGAGUUAUGGGAUCGUCACCUGGGAGGUGAUGUCAUACGGAGAGAGGCCGUACUGGGACAUGAGCAACCAAGAUGUGAUAAACGCCAUCGAGCAGGACUUUAGGCUCCCGGCUCCCAUGGACUGCCCGGUAGUUCUGCACCAGCUGAUGCUCGACUGCUGGCAGAAAGACAGAAAUGCCCGGCCAAAGUUCCCCGAUAUUGUCAGCAUGUUGGACAAAAUGAUACGCAACCCUGCAUCCCUCAAAGCCGGCAUCAACAACGUCCCCCCUGGUCCUUCCCAUCAUCCCUUGUUAGACCGAGGAGCUCCAGACCUGAGCAGGGUGAGCUCUGUGGAGGACUGGCUGGCUGCGCUGAAGAUGACCCAGUAUAGAGACUCCUUCCUUGGUUCCGGCUUCACUUCUCUGCCGCUCGUCACACAGAUCACAGCCGAGGAUUUGCAGAGGAUUGGCGUGUCUUUGGCCGGACACCAGAAGAAAAUCCUGACCAGCGUUCAGUCGAUGAGGCACCAUGCUGAUGACCAAUCUCCUACUGAAUCUGUUUAACCGCACGGAGGAAACAUACAGUGUGAA